GAGAAGACUUGAGACGUGUUUGUUUUUGUCGAAAGUGGGAAACUUCACUCAGCCCCCCAUAUAUGACAUUUUUCUCCAUCUACACCCACUCAUUGAGCUCCAAAUAUACAAAAAUAAAAUAGAAAACCAAUAAAUAAAUAAGUAAAGUGCCAUACAACCAAGACUACGUACCAGUAGCACCUUUUAAUGGCCUUUCAAACUUCUCUAUAUAUAGUUAGUCUCCAAUUCUACACUCAAUCCAAUUUCCAAUCUCCAGUGUUCACCAUAUUUUCUAACAUUAUUCAAACCAAAGUUUACCAUAUUUGAUUCCUUAUUUGGCUCCCUCCUUGAUCUAGUGCUAUAAAUUACUAGCUAGAAGUGGAUCAUUGAAUUUGCAAAUUGGGGGUUUUUUUUUUUUUUUUGGAACAUAGAAAAGGAAGGCAAAAAUGUGGAAGCUCAAGAUUGCGGAAGGGAAUGGACCAUACUUAUACAGUACAAACAAUUUUGUGGGUAGGCAAAUUUGGGAGUAUGAUCCGGAGGCCGGAACUCCCGAAGAACGGGAAGCCGUCGAGAAAGCUCGUCGGGAUUUCACAAACAAUAGGAAGGCUAAGGGAGUUCGUCCUUGCUCCGAUUUACUCAUGAGAAUGCAGCUCAAGAAAGAAAAUGGGAUUGAUCUUCUGAGCAUUCCACCAGUCAGGGUGGGAGAAAAGGAAGAAGUAACCUAUGAAAAAGCAACCAUAGCUGUCAAGAAAGCCCUCCGGCUGAACCGCGCAAUUCAGGCCAGUGAUGGCCACUGGCCGGCUGAAAACGCCGGACCUAUGUUUUUCACUCCACCACUGCUUAUUGCUUUGUACAUCAGUGGAGCCAUCAAUACAAUUAUCACAAAAGAACACAAGAAAGAAAUGAUUCGUUACAUCUAUAACCAUCAAAAUGAUGAUGGCGGUUGGGGAUUUUACAUAGAAGGCCACAGCACCAUGAUCGGAUCCGCACUAAGCUACGUCGCUUUACGUAUUCUCGGCGAAGGUCCGGAUGACGGUGAGGGUGCAGUUGCUAGAGCCCGGAAAUGGAUCCUUGAUAACGGUGGUGCAACCGGGAUUCCCUCUUGGGGAAAGACUUAUCUUUCGGUACUUGGAGUGUAUGAGUGGGAUGGUUGCAACCCAUUGCCCCCAGAGUUCUGGCUUUUCCCAGAAGUUUUUCCAUACCAUCCAGCAAAAAUGUGGUGCUAUUGCCGUACGACUUACAUGCCAAUGUCGUAUUUGUAUGGCAGAAAGUAUCAUGGCCCUCUUACUGACUUGGUCUUAUCCAUAAGAAAUGAAAUCCAUGUUAAGCCUUAUGAUCAAAUUGAUUGGAAUAAGGCCAGACAUGAUUGUUGCAAGGAGGACUUGUACUACCCUCAUUCCUACAUCCAAGAUCUUCUUUGGGAUACAUUAAAUUACUGUACCGAGCCAAUUAUGAGGCGGUGGCCAAUGAAGAAAAUCAGAGAAAGAGCUCUAGAAAAGGCAAUUAAAUACAUGCGUUAUGGAGCAACAGAGAGUAGAUACAUUACAAUUGGAUGUGUUGAAAAGAGUUUACAAAUGAUGUGUUGGUGGGCGCACGAUCCUAAUUGCGAUGAAUUCAAAUACCACCUCGCUAGGGUACCUGAUUAUUUAUGGAUUGCGGAGGAUGGCAUGAAAAUGCAGAGCUUUGGGAGUCAAGUAUGGGAUUGUGUACUUGCUAGCCAAGCAAUUCUUGCAAGUGGAAUGGUGGAUGAGUAUGGAGAUUGCCUUAAGAAAGCACAUUUUUACUUGAAAGAAUCACAGUGUAAAACGAACCCUAAAGGAGACUUCAAGAGCAUGUAUCGUCACUUCACCAAAGGUUCAUGGACAUUUUCAGAUCAAGAUCAAGGUUGGGUUGUCUCAGAUUGUACAGCUGAAGCACUUAAGUGCUUGUUGCUUUUCUCACAAAUGCCGGAAGAGAUAACUGGACAAAAGGCUGAUGUUGAGCGCCUAUAUGAUGCUGUCAACGUUUGUCUUUAUUUACAGAGUCCUGAAAGCGGCGGUUUUGCCAUUUGGGAGCCUCCAGUUCCGCAACCAUAUCUCCAAGUCUUGAACCCUUCUGAGCUUUUUGCUGAUAUUGUCGUUGAACAAGAGCAUGUUGAGAACACUGCAUCAAUCAUCCAAGCUCUUGUUUUGUUCAAACGGCUACAUCCAGGCCACAGGGAGAAAGAAAUCGAAAUAGCAGUAUCCAAAGCAGUAAAAUUUCUUGAAGGAAGACAAUGGCCUGAUGGUUCAUGGUAUGGAUAUUGGGGAAUUUGCUUCUUGUAUGGCACUAUGUUUAUCCUAGCAGGGCUAGCUGCUGCUGGAAAAACGUACGAGAACAGUGAAGCUGUACGUAAAGCAGUUCAAUUUUACCUUUCAAAUCAAAAUGAAGAAGGCGGUUGGGGAGAAUGCCUCGAAUCUUGCCCUAGCAUGAAAUUCAUACCUCUAGAAGACAACAGAACAAAUCUAGUGCAAACAUCGUGGGCUAUGCUGGGACUUAUGUAUGCUGGACAGGUAAACGCCAGAUUUUUAUAGUUUAUACUAUUUUGGAAUUAAAUGCAAGAACACAAAAAGAAAUACCUGCUAUUCUUUUUACUAAUAUUAUUAUUCUCUUGCAUGUUGAUUUUAAAAAAUAAAACGUAUGUAUAUUUAUUUGUUUUUCAGGCUGAGAGAGAUCCCGCACCCUUGCACAAAGCAGCCAAACUACUAAUCAAUGCACAGAUGGAUGAUGGAGAUUUUCCUCAAGAGGUAAAUAGUUGCAUACAGUUUUUAAUCUGUACCCAAAAUUAAUUACCUUUUCAGUCUCAAAAUUUUCUUUCACGACAAACUGAUUAUAACAAUCUAUUUUAUAUGUAUAAUCACAGGAAAUCACGGGGGUGUACAUGAAGAAUUGCAUGUUGCACUAUGCGGAAUAUAGGAAUAUUUUCCCAUUAUGGGCACUUUCGGAAUAUCGCAAACGUGUGUGGCCAACCCAGAACCUGUAGAUAGAUACAACAGAGUUUAAAGUGAUUCAUACAUACAUCGUACAUCGUAUGAAAUGAUUUUAUUAAUUUGUUUCUUUUUCUUUUAUCCUAAAAUUGUGGCCAAAAAGUUGUAAAAAGUGUCUUUCUUUGAUACUAAUGAAUAAAUUAAUAAAGAUUGGUCCUCUUUCAUUUUCGUGAGACCCUACCCACCAAAUUCGAGAACUUCAUAGUCAUAGAUGUUUUCGUUUCAGUAAAUAGCCGCCGGGAACAUAUGCAUGAGUCAUUUCCACUUGACCAGGAUCAUCAUGUCCACAUUUUGGUUUCAGUUUCAUAUUCUGAUUCUUAAAAUCGAACUCUCUGAAAAAGAGUGAUGUUUAUUAUAUUUCAUUAUUAUAAUAGAAAUA